AUGGAUGAAUCAGAGGUUCAAAUCGAUUCUGAAGUGGGUAGAGAGGUGGUAGUCUCUUUUCAUAUCAAAGAGGUAUAUGAGGAGUCUCCUGAAAAUCGAGAGUCUGUUACCUGUAUCGAAGAUAUGUGUGCCGAUGGUACGCAUGGUGAUAUUACUCUCAUUCUAGCUGGUAAAUAUCAUAUGGAAUCUUGGUAUACAGAACGCCCCCUCACCGGAACCGAGACUAUAAUGCUAUCAGAUACAGGAUAUAUCAAGGAAGAGCUAGCAAUCACUUGGAUUAAGAGUUUCAUCAAAAGAGUAGGAAGGGAUAUUAUGCCAGAAGAUCGAGAGAUAGUACCAUGGAAGUUGAUGAUAUGGGAUAAUUAUAAGUCCCAUGUCAAUGAAGAGAUGGUGAUUCUAGCAGAGAGAUAUAAGAUUAAAUUAUGGACGUUCCCUUUACAGCUCACUCAUAUUCUUCAACCAUUGGAUUUGAAAGCGUCCAAAAUUACGGAGCUCCAAAGAAUAAAAGCUUUAAUCCCCGAAGAACUACUUGAAAGGGUUCUUGAUCCCUCCUUACAUCCUCUUGAAAAAAUGAAGAUCGACGACGUUGAGGCUACAUGGUUGAAAGAAAGAGAGGAGGGUGUCAAUAUGGCGGCGGAGUGGGAUUAUUUUGAUGAAAACAUGGAUGAUUCUAAUUAUAUCGGAUUCCACGUUGACGAUGAGAACGAGAAUUUUGAUGUGCCAGAUGAUGUCGACGAUUAG